AGGCGCAGGUGUACUUGCUACUGAGAAGAAAGCUUAUCCCGGUAAGCUCACCUUUUCUGUUUUGAAAGCUUGCAUUGUUGCCGCCAUGGGUGGCCUCAUCUUUGGCUACGACAUCGGAAUUUCCGGUGGAGUCACCUCUAUGGACUCUUUUCUACUUCGAUUCUUUCCUUCCGUCUAUCACCAGAAAAAUUUGGACCAGUCCAACAAUGAAUAUUGUCAAUAUGACAGUCAGAUAUUGACUACAUUCACAUCCUCUCUCUAUAUCGCCGCGCUCUUGUCCUCAUUGGUGGCCUCCACCAUGACACGUAAAUUCGGACGCAGAAACUCCAUGCUCUUCGGCGGCGCUCUCUUCUUCAUCGGAGCUCUGUUGAAUGGCUUCGCUCAAGCUAUUUGGAUGUUGAUCUUGGGUCGCAUGUUACUCGGUUUUGGCGUCGGAUUCUGCAAUCAGUCUGUGCCACUGUAUCUCUCCGAGAUGGCUCCGUAUAAACACAGAGGAAGUCUCAACGUCAUGUUUCAAAUGUCCAUCACGAUCGGUAUUUUGAUCGCCAAUGUGUUGAACUAUUUCUUCGCUAAGCUGAGCGGUUUAGGGUGGCGUUUGAGCUUGGGUGGGGCCAUGGUUCCGGCACUCAUCAUCACCGUCGGCAGCUUCUUCCUUCCCGACACUCCGAACUCCAUGAUCGACCGGGGAGAUCACGAAGGAGCAAGGGCGAGUCUCGAGAAGAUUCGGGGAAUCCAAGAUGUGGACGAGGAGUUCGAUGAUCUCGUCACGGCCAGCCUGGAGUCGAAGCUAGUAGAACACCCGUGGAAGAAUCUGUUGCAGAGAAAGUACAGACCCCAGCUCAUCAUGUCCAUCAUGAUCCCUUUCUUCCAGCAACUUACAGGCAUCAACGUCAUCAUGUUCUACGCUCCGGUUCUCUUCAACUCCAUUGGGUUCGAGAGCGACGCUUCUCUCAUGUCCGCCGUCAUCACCGGCUUGGUCAACGUGCUCGCCACCGUCGUCUCCAUUUAUGGCGUUGACAGGUGGGGAAGACGGGCCCUCUUCCUCGAGGGAGGAUUCCAGAUGCUCAUUUGCCAGAUUGUAGUUGCAAUCGCCAUUGGAGCCAAGUUCGGGACCGACGGGAACCCGGGGGUGUUGCCGUUGUGGUAUGCGGUCGUGGUGGUGGCUUUCAUAUGCAUCUACGUGGCUGGUUUUGCUUGGUCGUGGGGUCCUCUGGGAUGGUUGGUGCCAAGCGAGAUUUUCCCGUUGGAGGUUCGGUCGGCGGCUCAGAGCGUAACGGUCGCCGUGAACAUGUUGUUCACUUUCGUGGUCGCGCAGAUAUUCCUCACCAUGCUAUGCCACUUGAAGUUCGGGCUGUUCAUCUUCUUCGCCGUCUUCGUGGUGGCCAUGACCGUAUUCGUCAAGUUCCUGCUCCCCGAGACGAAGGGCAUUCCCAUCGAGGAGAUGACUAGGGUUUGGAGGGCACACUGGUUCUGGUCCCGAUUCGUCGAUCAAGAUGAGAACGGUCCCAUGCAGAUCCCCGAAUCCCCAUACUUUGUAGAUACUAUCAUUUAGUUUUGAUCAGUUCAGUUUAUUAGAAAAUUUUAGGAGCCUAUGACUCACUGUCAUUUUUUGAGUUUCUUGU